AUGCACCCAGCCCUCUCUACAUUUGCCGAUAAUGUCGUCAAAUACCGUGACGCCCUCUUCCUGCUCGCGCCACCUCUCUACGUCGUCCUUACGGCUGUCGCAGCCCUCUACACGCCCACGCACCAUUCACUUCUCGUGACGGCAAUCUCCUGGCUCAUUAUAUGGGUUCCCACAGUCUUCUGGGUCGGCAUAUACUCCAACAGCAGCAGGCCGCAGAGGAAGGCUGCCUGGCUGGCUGGCGCACUCUUGGCUCUUUCAGCAGUAUGCGACCGCGCCGCGUGCGACAAACAUGGCAUUUGGGCUACAAAGGCUCUGUUGCUCUUCCUUGCCAACUUCUUCGCCGACAAUGAACUACUUGCAAAGCGCCUUGCACUACCCACAUACACUGUCCCAGACGACCAUGCGCAUGCCACCGAGAAGAAACUUCCCGCCGAUGCGUCAGGUCACAUAGAUCAACCCGGGACGUUGUUGGUGCUGACCGUCUGCGCGAGCUGCGCCCUGGGCGUCUACACCAUACCCACCACGUUUAUGCUUGGACUAUGUAGCGCCAUUUUUGCGGCCGUUGGUCUUAUUACAUUCAGGUCCAUAAUCGUGGCCGCAGCACCGGAUGAAGGUGAAGACACAAAGCGCAGGGUCACGGCUGGUACUCUGGAUCUCCGCGCUUCGAUAUCAGGGGUUCAAAAGGCACAACGGCUGGCGGCGCUGAGGGAUGUCGCCGUAGCCAUUGCGGUCGUGUGCGGUAUCGCAUCCAUUCUCAUGGAAUCCUCGGUAUCUGCGAGCAGCAUUGCAUGGGAACCUGUGUACCGGGAUUAUAAGCGCGAAUGGAGAGAGGUACACAACUUCCGCAUCCUUCAGUGUUUUUUGUGGAUGCUACCUGUUACUGCAUUUCUAAACUUGCUUACUUUUAUCAUGCUCUACCUAAUAGGCGCUGGACACCUAACUCUAGUAACUGUAUUCUCGCUUCUUGGCACAAAGAUGUUCUCCUCGCCGUCCUCCUCCUUCAUGGUCUUCAUGGUCAUUUUCGAUGCAACUGCCUUGGUCUAUCUCGCAGAGAAGCGCUUCCGUGAGACGGGUGAAAUGCGACGUUUCAGGGGAUUAAGAAUUAUCACCUUCCUCGCCACAGCUGCAGCAGUUGGGGGACUACUUGUAGGACGCUAUAAUGCAUCACAAGCAAAACCAGUAAAAUCUGACGGGUUCUUUGUUCCGUCUGAUGUCGUCUCCGGCCCAUCGCUGGAUCCGAUCCCGAUAGACAUGAGUAAAGGACACCCUGCUGCCCAGUUGAUGGAUGCGGCUGAAGCAGAUUUCCAAAAACUUCUUAAUCGACAGUCAAAAUCUCUUCCUGAGGCUGUGGCUGAAUACCGCCGUAGGUACGGGAUACCGCCGCCUCCACAUUUCGAUAAAUGGUACGAAUUUGCUACACGAAACGGUGUUGUAAUGGUGGACGAAUAUGACAUGAUCAGUGAGAUGCUACUACCGUUUUGGGCUCUGAAGCCAGCAACGAUCCGGUCGCGCGUUGCGAAUGCCCUCGGUCAUGAGGACAGUUCACUACUGGCUGUUGCGAUAAGACAUGGGGCAGUAGAGAACUAUCAGAAUGGCGAGGAAUGGCAACAGCAGGCGACCGUUGGCAUGAUGAAGCAAUUCGUACAAUACCUGCCCGACAUGGACCUAGGCUUCAAUUUGCACGACGAACCACGAGUAGUGGUCCCCAAUAACCUUCUUUCUUCGAUGGUUGCCAAGGCAAGAAACGAAGUUCUUCCACGUUCUGCGAAGAAUGCUUCCCCUCGCAAUGGGUUUUCUGCUCGUCCGGCGGAUUUGAAUGAUGGUACUCGAUUCGUUGAGAGCAGUACGACUAAGUUUAAUCGCUUCGCACAUCAGCAGACCUGGACUCAUUCGAGAUUAUCGUGCCCUGCCGACUCCCAAGCCCAAACGUUUGAAGACGAUGCUGCCGACAACCGCAAGGUCUAUGCCGCCAGUGAUCUAGGCUUCAUCUACAAUAUGACCGCCUUCUCCGACAUUUGCAACUCUCCUUCGCUUUCCUCGACGUAUGGAUUUUUCGAACGACCCAACGCUUUCAAUAUCAUUCACGAGCUUACGCCUGUAUUUUCGCAGUCUAAGAUUUCCAGCUUCCAGGACAUUUUGUAUCCGAGUCCGUGGUAUUGGAUGGGCAAGGUAGGAUAUGACGAAAUGCGCGACACAACCUGGGAAAAUAAGACGAAUAGUCUUUACUGGCGCGGCUCUACAACAGGAGGUUUUAGUCGUAAUGGUGGCUGGAGACGUCAACACCGCCAACAUGUUGUUCGGCGCCUCAAUGCACCCGAUACAGCUCAAAUUCUGGAGCCAGUUCGCGGCCCAUCCAAGGCCGGCGAUACCAUAACCAACUAUACUAUUGCCGAUGUCGAUCGCAGAGCGCUGAAGAACCUCAUAGACGUGCAGUUCUCGCACAUCGGUCAAUGCGACCCCGGCGACUGCGACGCCCAACAAGAAUUCUUCAAGGUAACCGAGCGUGUCGACGGCCAAGACGCAUGGUACUACAAGCACCUCCUGGACAUGGACGGCAACGCCUUCUCCGGCCGCUUCUACAGCUUCCUCAAAAGCAAAAGCCUCACGUAUAAAAUGGCCCUCUUCCGCGAAUGGCACGCCGAAUGGCUCAAACCAUGGGUCCACUACAUCCCCCUCAGUCUCCGUGGUGACGAGCAUCUCGAUCUUGUCCGCUGGUUCAGCGGCACCAAAGUUUCUGAUAAAGAUGGAGAUGGGAAACUAGAUCAUAGCGAUGCCGAUGGUGGGAAAGCUGGGGGCAAUGGAGAUAGUGAAGGGGAGAAGAGGGCGAGAAGGAUUGCGAAGAGGAGUACAGAGUGGCAUGAUAAAGUGCUGAGGAAUGUGGAUUUUGAAGCGUGGUUUUUUAGGCUGCUGCUCGAGUAUGGGCGCGUGGUGGAUGAUAAGAGGGAGGAGAUUGGGUUUCCGGGGCCGUGA